AUGGAAAAAUCAGAUGUAAAAAGUGAAGAAGAAAAUUCCUACGUGAGCUGCUAUCCAAACACUCGCCGUUACUCAUUAGCGAACACAAUGGCUACAAAUCGUCAACAAUAUCAUACUGAUAAUCAAGGCUACAGCAUAGAUGUUCCCGGAAGUGAUGAUGAAAAGCAGAAGCAGAAGAAAAAACAAGAAACUAAAAUUGAUAUGCCAUCGUCGCAGCCACCCAGUUACAGCUCCGUACAUGAGAAAAUGGCAGACAAAAAGGUUAAAAGAUUCUCCAUUCAUGGAAUGAUGGAAGAAGAAGGAAACGCGCUUAAACCACAUCAGGAAAUUGCUGCACUCUCACUUGAAGAGAAACGAUUUUUGCUUGCGGUGGAACGCGGAGAUGUGGCGAGCAGUCGAAGAAUGCUUCAGAAAGCGCAAGAGACUGGCUACAUUAACAUCAAUUGCGUGGAUCCAUUGGGUCGUUCAGCAUUGUUGAUGGCAAUCGACAACGAGAAUUUAGAAAUGGUUGAAUUGCUCAUAAAUCAUCGUGUUGACACGAAAGACGCCUUACUACACGCUAUAUCCGAAGAAUUCGUGGAGGCAGUUGAAGUGCUUUUAGAUCAUGAGGAUUGUUCACAUCGUGAUGGUGAUCCACAUAGUUGGGAAGCGCUGCCACAUGACAGAGCGACGUUUACUCCAGGAUAUAUGUACAUUAAAAAGAAUAAGAAGAAGAGUUUACAUUCACAGCAUGACUGUCACUUUAUCACUUUUAUUUCUACAGAUAUUACACCGCUCAUUCUUGCCGCUCAUCGAGAUAAUUACGAAAUAAUCAAAAUUUUAUUAGAUCGCGGAUCAACGCUGCCGUUGCCGCAUGACGUGAGAUGUGGCUGCGAUGAGUGCGUGACAUCGCGACAAGAAGAUUCACUGAGACAUUCGCGGUCAAGAAUUAAUGCCUAUAGGGCACUUGCCAGCCCUAGUUUGAUAGCUUUAUCUUCGAAAGAUCCAAUUUUAACUGCCUUUGAAUUAUCAUGGGAAUUGAGACGUUUGAGUUUUUUGGAGCAUGAAUUCAAGAAUGAGUAUUUGGAACUGCGAAAACAGUGCCAAGAUUUUGCUACAGCUUUAUUGGACCACACGCGAUCAUCACACGAGCUUGAAGUACUUUUAAAUCACGAUCCUACAGGGCCUGCCUUUGAACAUGGUGAACGGAUGCACCUUAAUCGUCUCAAAUUGGCAGUUAAACUACGUCAAAAGAAGUUUGUAGCACAUUCGAACGUACAGCAAUUGCUUGCGUCAAUUUGGUAUGAGGGAUUGCCUGGCUUUCGUCGAAAAAACAUGGCAUUACAAUCUUUAGAAAUUUGUCGAAUUGGAAUGAUGUUUCCCUUAUUCUCAUUCGCAUACAUCCUUGCUCCACAUUCAUCGUUUGGACAGACAAUGAGAAAGCCAUUUAUUAAAUUUAUUUGUCACAGUGCAUCGUAUUUUACUUUUCUGUUUCUCUUAAUGCUUGCAUCGCAACGAAUUGAGUCUGUGAUGGAUUUCUCGGGUGAAAGUUCUUUUGACGACGACGUUCCAACAAAACGUGGAGCUGCACCCACGUUGAUCGAGAUGUUUAUUUUGUCAUGGGUUAGUGGAUUGAUAUGGAGUGAGGUUAAACAGCUAUGGGAUGUUGGUUUACAAGAAUACGUUCACGAUAUGUGGAAUGUGAUAGAUUUUAUAACAAAUUCAUUAUACGUUGCAACAGUCGCACUUCGUAUCGUUUCCUAUUUUCAAGUGCAAAAAGAAAUGGCAAUUGAUAUAUACGCAGCCGAUUUACCACGAGAAAAAUGGGACACAUGGGAUCCAAUGUUAAUAUCCGAAGGGCUGUUUAGUGCUGCUAACAUCUUCAGUUCCUUAAAGCUCGUUUACAUUUUUUCGGUGAAUCCACAUUUGGGGCCGUUACAAGUUUCAUUAUCAAGAAUGGUCACCGACAUCAUGAAAUUCUUCUUCUUAUUCGUACUCGUUUUAUUUGCUUUCAGUAGUGGCUUAAAUCAAUUAUUGUGGCAAGUAUCCUUGAUGUGGUACUACGCUGAUUUGGAGAAAAAGCGAUGUCCCGAUACAACAACAACAGUUUCAGUGACAAAUGCAUCGGAUCCGAAUGCUUGUUUAGUUUGGAGACGUUUUGCUAAUCUUUGGGAGACAUCACAAACACUUUUCUGGGCUGUUUUUGGACUCGUUGAUUUAGAUAGUUUCGAGUUGGAUGGAAUAAAAAUUUUUACACGUUUCUGGGGCAUGUUAAUGUUCGGGUGCUAUUCGGUCAUAAACAUUGUGGUGCUGCUGAAUUUGCUUAUAGCAAUGAUGAAUCACUCAUAUCAACUGAUAUCGGUAGGAGAAAUUUUUUGAACGAGCGGAUAUCGAAUGGAAAUUUGCAAGAUCCAAGCUAUGGAUAAGGCAAGUGAAAUUUUUAUUCGGAGCUUUUUUGAAGAAGGAGCGACUGUGCCGCCUCCAUUCAAUAUCAUUCCCACACCCAAGUCGUUGCUUUAUUUUACGCAAUGGAUAAGAAGGAAGUUUUUUGGGCAAUCAAAGGCUAUAAAGAAAGAGCACAUGAAGACAAUUCGGAAAGUGAAACAAGCAAGCGAGAGAGAUUUUCGUUAUCAAAGUAUUAUGAGAAACUUAGUGAGACGUUAUGUGACGGUACAACAAAGAAGAGCUGAAUCACAAGGUGUUACUGAAGAUGACGUAAAUGAGAUCAAACAAGACAUUUCAGCUUUUAGAUGCGAAUUGGUUGAAAUUCUGAAGAAUAGUGGAAUGAAUACUAGCACAGCUUCUGGAGGUCCUGGAGGUGCUGGUGGAAAGAAGAAUAGGCAGAAAGAGAGAAGACUUAUGAAAGGUUUUAAUGUCGCUCCAUCAAUAGGAUCAACGUCAUUAACCCCUGUAAAUGAGAAUGGCAGUGAUUUUCCUCUAGAUCAUCUUGGUUCACUUGAAUUCUCUGCAUUAAGUGGGUUGUUUGGUCCAGGAAUAACUCCUCGCAAGCAAGGUCCACCUAACCCUUUGCAACAACAAUUGUCAACCUCACAAAGUUCAUUUGGUGAAUCAAAUAAUCCUAUUCACAAACUUAGUCGUUUAGCACCUAAAUUUCACUCUAAACGUAGCAGUGGCUCUCAUAAAAGAAAAUGGGGCACUCUUAUUGAAGCAGCGAAAUCAGGUAGUGUAUCCCGUUUUAUCGGUCGUUCACGUUCGGAAGAUUCGGUUUGUAACUCGCCAAGUAAUAUUGGUGGACGUAGUGAAUCUGCCAGUCACAGUAAUAGCCCCAACUCCGAUGAAGCGGUAACAGAAUCUCCAACAGAUUCAAAUCCUAGUCUAGAUAAGCCCGAUGUUGAGCACAAGCACCGUCACGAAUCGUCGCAACAUCCAAACGACCAACAACGAAAUAGUAAUGUUCGUAGUCCCCAAUCAAAUAGCAAUAAUAGCCAUAAAAAAGAGCAUCACCAUCUGCAUAUGCAUUUGAAUUUCGGUGCUUUAGCGGCACUUAAACGCAAACGAAAAAAGUUCUCGAAUAGUAGGAAUGAAAGUCCCGUGCUUGAACCACCUCCUGAGCAUACUUCACCCACAACUAGUAUUAAGAAAUCGAUCAAAAAAACAUUGCAAAGGGCAUCUAGUGUUCCAACCCGCCCGAACGUACCUGAACCCAACCAAUUUCAGCCAUCACGUCAUGAGCAGACACAGAGUCAAGAUCAAGAUACGUCUCAAGAGAUUACAAUUGAACCGCCACUGACGCCAUCAACAACUGAAGAGAGUGUUGCACCCACAAGCAUGGAGCCAUUGUUAAAUCUGACAAAGGGAAAUGUGAACGUUAACAGCAACAUAAAAUUUGAGCUCAAUGGUCAACAAGCACUUCCCAAUCUGCCUGGAAUAAUUCCAUUGCAAGGACAUCUACAUCAACAGGGAUGGUUAUAGAUCUUAAGCGUCUUAGGACAUAAAAUUAAAGUGAAUUGUUUAUUUGCUUCCUCGCUUUCUUCCCCUGCUCCAACUAUUAUUAAGCUUCGAAACUACACUUUCCAGUUAUAAAAAGUUUUUAAGGACAUUUUUAUUUCAUUCAUGACAAUAAAAGAAAACAAAGUUAUUGUCGUAAGUU